GAGCCUCCACGCCACCUCUAUUCCCUCCGUCGCGUCCUCCGCACGUUCUUCCAGUUCAUCGCACUAUAUGCUUCCUAGAAAGAGACAAGUGGGCGGAGAGGUUGUAGUACAAGAAGACGGGGAACCGAACUUGGCCGACGAAUCUCCCAUCAAGAAGCUUUGCACCGACGACUCUAAGGGCACCGACUGCAAUUCCGGUAACAUCAACAGUAGCAGCAGCAGCAGCAGCGACAAGCCGCCGAUCAUGGCAAUGGGGAAUAAUGGGAAUUCUGGGGAUAUUGAUGAGGAUCUCCACAGCCGGCAGCUUGCUGUUUAUGGCCGUGAGACGAUGAGGCGGCUCUUUGCCUCCAACAUUCUUGUCUCUGGGAUGCAAGGCCUUGGCGCCGAGAUUGCAAAGAACCUUGUUCUUGCUGGUGUCAAGUCUGUGACCUUGCAUGAUGAAGGAGUUGUUGAGUUGUGGGACCUUUCAGGCAAUUUCUUUUUCUCCGAGGAAGAUAUUGGAAAGAAUCGGGCCCUUGCCUGUGUCCAAAAAUUGCAAGAACUUAACAAUGCUGUGCUCAUUUCUACUUUGACAACUCAGCUAACUAAAGAGAAACUUUCUGAUUUCCAGGCUGUAGUUUUCACUGAUAUCAGCUUAGACAAAGCAAUCGAAUUCGAUGAUUACUGCCAUAAUCAUCAGCCUCCGAUCUCUUUUAUCAAAUCUGAAGUACGGGGUCUUUUUGGUAGUGUGUUUUGUGACUUUGGUCCUGAGUUCACUGUUCUUGAUGUUGACGGUGAGGAUCCACACACAGGCAUAGUUGCAUCAAUUAGCAAUGACAACCCUGCUAUGAUAUCAUGUGUCGAUGAUGAGAGGCUUGAGUUUCAGGACGGGGAUUUGGUUUUAUUCACUGAAGUCCAUGGAAUGACCGAGUUGAAUGAUGGAAAACCAAGGAAAAUAAAGAAUGCAAGGCCGUACUCAUUCACAAUUGAGGAGGACACUACAAAUUAUGGAGCAUACGAGAAAGGUGGUAUAGUCACACAGGUUAAGCAACCUAAGGUGUUGAAAUUUAAGCCCUUGAGAGAAGCAGUCAAGGAACCUGGUGAUUUCCUUCUGAUUGACUUCUCCAAGUUUGAUCGUCCACCUCUCCUGCACUUAGCAUUUCAGGCACUGGAUAAGUUCAUAUCAGAGUUGGGACGCUUCCCUGUUGCUGGAUCCGAGGAUGAUGCUACAAAGUUCAUAUCAUUAGUAACUAGCAUAAAUGAUAGCUCAGCAGAUGGGAAGCUUGAGGAGAUUGAUCAGAAGAUCCUUCGUCAUUUUGCAUUUGGUGCUAGGGCUGUGCUGAAUCCCAUGGCUGCAAUGUUUGGUGGUAUUGUUGGACAGGAAGUUGUCAAGGCCUGUUCUGCAAAGUUUCACCCCCUAUUCCAGUUCUUCUAUUUUGAUUCGGUUGAAUCGCUUCCAACAGAAGCCUCGGACCCUAGUGAUUUGAAGCCUCUAAACAGUCGGUAUGAUGCACAAAUUUCAGUAUUUGGAGCCAAGUUGCAGAAAAAGCUGGAGGAGUCGAAAGUGUUCACUGUUGGAUCUGGUGCACUAGGAUGUGAGUUUUUGAAGAAUUUAGCUUUGAUGGGUGUCGCUUGCGGUCAAAACGGUAAAUUAACAAUUACAGAUGAUGAUGUCAUUGAGAAGAGUAACCUUAGUAGACAAUUUCUCUUCCGGGAUUGGAACAUUGGGCAGGCUAAAUCAACAGUUGCUGCUACUGCUGCUGCGCAGAUAAACAGUCGUUUCAAUAUUGAAGCACUGCAGAAUCGUGCAAGCCCAGAGUCUGAAAACGUGUUUGAUGAUACUUUCUGGGAGAAUUUGGAUGUUGUUAUCAAUGCUCUGGAUAAUGUGAAUGCCAGGCUUUACAUUGAUCAGCGAUGCUUAUAUUUCCAGAAGCCACUAUUGGAGUCAGGUACCCUAGGUGCCAAGUGCAACACACAGAUGGUCAUUCCUCACUUGACUGAAAAUUAUGGAGCAUCAAGGGACCCACCUGAAAAGCAAGCACCUAUGUGCACAGUUCAUUCAUUUCCUCACAACAUUGACCACUGCUUGACAUGGGCCCGAUCUGAGUUUGAGGGUCUGCUUGAGAAGGUUCCUGCCGAAGUAAAUGCGUACUUGACAAAUCCUAGCGAGUACACUACGGCAAUGAAGAAUGCUGGUGAUGCCCAAGCAAGGAAUAACUUGGAAAGUGUCAUUGAAUGCCUUGACAAGGAGAGAUGUGAGACAUUUCAAGAUUGCAUUACCUGGGCCCGUCUAAAGUUUGAGGACUAUUUCUCCAACCGUGUGAAGCAGUUAACAUAUACUUUUCCUGAGGAUGCUACAACCAGUAGUGGAACCCCAUUCUGGUCUGCUCCCAAGCGUUUCCCUCGCCCACUGGUGUUCUCAGUUGAUGAUCUCAGUCACCUUCAAUUUAUACUGGCAUCGUCCAUUCUUCGAGCUGAGACAUUCAACAUUGCAAUUCCUGAUUGGGUCAAGUCUACUCAAAAGUUUGCUGAGGCUGUUAACAACGUGAUGGUUCCUGAAUUUCAGCCUAAGAAGGAUGUGAAGAUUGUUACAGAUGAGAAAGCUACAAUUAUUUUACCAGCAUCCAUCGAUGAUGCUGCUGUUAUCAACGAGUUAGUCAUGAAGUUAGAAAAAUGCAAGGAGCAGCUCCCACCAGGCUUCAAGAUGAACCCUAUUCAAUUUGAGAAGGAUGAUGACACGAACUAUCAUAUGGAUGUAAUAGCUGGAUUUGCAAAUAUGAGGGCAAGGAAUUAUGGUAUCCCUGAAGUCGACAAGCUGAAGGCCAAAUUCAUUGCCGGUAGAAUCAUACCUGCAAUUGCAACAUCUACUGCUCUUGCAACUGGUCUUGUCUGCUUGGAGCUGUACAAGGUUCUGGCCGGAGGGCACAAGAUAGAGGACUACCGAAACACCUUUGCCAACCUUGCUCUUCCUCUGUUCUCCAUGGCUGAACCAGUGCCUCCUAAAGUCAUCAAGCACCAAGAUAUGAGCUGGACAGUUUGGGACAGGUGGAGUAUAAAGGACAACCCAACUCUGAAGCAGCUUCUUAAUUGGCUCAAGGAAAAGGGCUUAAACGCUUACAGCAUCUCUUAUGGCAGUUGCCUUCUUUAUAACAGCAUGUUCCCCAAGCACAGAGAGCGCAUGGACAAGCAUAUGGUGGAUUUGGCUAGGGAUGUGGCAAAGGCAGAGCUGCCCCCAUUUCGGAACCACUUUGAUGUGGUGGUGGCCUGCGAAGACGAUGAGGAUAAUGAUAUUGACAUCCCUCAGAUCUCCAUUUACUUCAAGUAGGCAUUUUGGUUUAUGAGAGCUUAGUCAAGAGAGUAUGCAAUGUUUAGGAUGAGAACAAUGUUUCUUUCAAAAGAACCCUGUCAUCAAAUUUGAUUUUCCGUUGAUAUAAGCAGACACAUGAGAUAUUUCGCAGUAUGUGUUCAGAGAUGUUAGAAAUGGUGGUUUUCCAAUAUUAUUGCUUCUGGUUAAAUCGAUGCUGAGCCUCUAUUGAUGC